CGCCGACCAAUGACGUAAAGCCUGUGGUUGGCUGAGCUGCGUAGCUCACGGUAAAGGAAGUGACGCCUAAUGCUUGCUCCACAGUCGCGUGCUAGACUCUGGACCCGGCAGGUGGUAUGGCUGAGCCGACUAGUGAUUUCGCGACUCCUACCGGGUGGCGUGCGUCUCCCGAGCUGACUCCCGGGUUAGGGCCCCUGAGCGACCCUGCCCCGCCGCGGGACAGCUGGAUGUUCUGGGCAAUGCUGCCGCCACCACCACCGCUUACGUCCUCGCUUCCCGCAGCCGGGUCAAAGCCUUCCUCUGAGUCGCAGCCCCCCAUGGAGGCCCAGUCUCUCCCCGGGGCUCCGCCUCCCUUCGACGCCCAGAUUCUUCCUGGAGCGCAACCCCCCUUCGACGCCCAGUCCCCCCUUGAUUCUCAGCCUCAACCCAGCGGCCAGCCUUGGAAUUUCCAUGCUUCCACAUCGUGGUAUUGGAGACAGUCUUCUGAUAGGUUUCCUCGGCAUCAGAAGUCCUUCACCCCUUCAGUUAAAAAUUCUUAUUAUCCACGAAAGUAUGAUGCAGAAUUCACAGACUUCAGCUUACCUCCCAGUAGAAAACAGAAAAAAAAGAAAAGAAAGGAACCAGUUUUUCACUUUUUUUGUGAUACCUGUGAUCGUGGUUUUAAAAAUCAAGAAAAGUAUGACAAACACAUGUCUGAACAUACAAAAUGCCCUGAAGUAGAUUGCUCUUUUACUGCACAUGAGAAGAUUGUCCAGUUCCAUUGGAGAAAUAUGCAUGCUCCUGGCAUGAAGAAGAUCAAGUUAGACACUCCAGAGGAAAUUGCACGAUGGAGGGAAGAAAGAAGGAAAAACUAUCCAACUCUGGCCAAUAUUGAAAGGAAGAAGAAGUUAAAACUUGAAAAGGAAAAGAGAGGAGCAGUAUUGACAACAACACAAUAUGGCAAGAUGAAGGGGAUGUCCAGACAUUCACAAAUGGCAAAGAUCAGAAGUCCUGGCAAGAAUCACAAAUGGAAAAACGACAAUUCUAGACAGAGAGCAGUCACUGGAUCAGGCAAUCACUUGUGUGAUUUGAAGCCAGAAGGUCCACCUGAGGCAAAUGCAGAUCCUCUUAGUGUUUUGAUAAACAGUGAUUCUGAGUCUGAUAAGGAGGAGAAACCACAACGUUCUGUGAUACCCAAGGAAGUGACACCAGCCCUAUGCUCACUAAUGAGUAGCUAUGGCAGUCUUUCAGGGUCAGAGAGUGAGCCAGAAGAAACUCCCAUCAAGACUGAAGCAGACGUUUUGGCAGAAAACCAGGUUCUUGAUAGCAGUGCUCCUAAGAGUCCAAGUCAAGGUGUUAAAGCAACUGUUAGAAAUUUUUCAGAAGCCAAGAGUGAGAACCGAAAGAAAAGUUUUGAAAAGACAAACCCUAAGAGGAAAAAAGAUUAUCACAACUAUCAAACGUUAUUCGAACCAAGAACACACCAUCCAUAUCUCUUGGAAAUGCUUCUAGCUCCGGACAUUCGACAUGAAAGAAAUGUGAUUUUGCAGUGUGUUCGGUACAUCAUCAAAAAAGACUUUUUUGGAUUGGAUACUAAUUCUGCGAAAAGUAAAGAUGUAUAGGCGUCUGGUGUUUCAGCAUACAUAACUGAAGCAUGUGAAACAGUAUCAUCCUCGUUAGUAGAGGAAAACGAAACCCUUUUUUCCCUCAAAACUGGAUUUGUAACUAAAUUGUAAGCCUCGUAGGAUGUAUGUUGGAAUUUUAAGUCUUUCCUUUGGUUCUAUGCAAAUAAAUACAUAACUGAUUUUUUAA